AUGGGGAACAUUAUCGCUAUCAUCCGCGAAGCCUACAAGACCAUUUCCGCCGCCAUCAAGGCCUUCAUCGCGCUGAAUGCCGACUUCCUGGAAGUGCUCGCCCGGGCCUCCAAGCCGCCCGGGCUCCCGGUCGCUGCACCCACGCAAUCGUACUGGCUGGCUGACCCACCGUAUCCGGAGCUGGUAGACACCAGAUCGGAGAAAUUGCCGGAGUUUUGUGAUGUGGCUAUUAUUGGCAGUGGCAUAACCGCCGCCGCCGUUGCGCGCACGCUGCUGGUGGAGGCUCAGCGCAAGAACGACGCCUUGGGCCGCGUCGUGGUUCUAGAAGCGCGGCAGCUAACCAGCGGCGCCACCGGCAGGAACGGCGGCCACAUCAAGCCCUCAUCCUACCUUGACUAUGCGCUGUUGAAGAAAAAGUUCGGCGCCGCCCGCGCUGCUGCCAUCGUUCGAUUCCAGCGUCAGCACUUGACGCGCAUUCCUGACCUCUGUCGCGCCGAGCGCUUUGAUGUUGCUGAGUGCCGCGAAGUUGAGUCGGUCGACCUCUUUCUGGACACUCCCUCUUUUGAAAAGUGGACGAAGCAGGUUGAUGAGCUGAAGUCUGCUGUGCCCGAGGCAGUUCACACCAUCAGCAACAGUAAAGAGGCCCAAGAGAAAUUCGAUGUCGGCGAGCAAGUUGUCGGUGCCAUAUCCUACACUUGCGGAGCUCUUUGGCCCUACAGAUUCGUCUCGUCCGUCUGGAAGUCCCUCCUCACGCAGUUCCCAACUGUACUCUCCAUCGAGACCGGGACCCCCGUCGAGUCCAUCUCCUCGGCCGAGUCCGAUGCGCACCCAUUCCUGCUGCAAACCCCACGAGGCAUCGUACGAGCACGACACGUCGUCCACGCCACCAAUGCCUUCGCCAGUCACCUGAUCCCGGGCCUGCGCAACAAGAUGACAGGCUUGCGCGCCCACAUGUCCGCCCAACGGCCCGGCCAAUCUUUCAAGUCGGACUCCAAAGGCGGACGCUCAUGGUCCAUCAUGUACGGCUCGGGCUUCGACUACAUGACGCAGCGUCCCGCCGACCCGGACUCUAAGACUGGGGGCCACCUCAUGAUCGGCGGGGGCUUCUUCCGCUCCACGAAGCAGGGCCUCGACCAGAUGGGCGUGUGGGACGACAGCAAGCUCGACGCCCUCACGGCCACCCACCUCAACGGCAUCCUGCCCACCGUCUUUUCGCCGCACUGGGGCGCCGACGCGCCCGCCGGUCGCCUCAAGCAGAUGUGGUCCGGCACCAUCUGCUUCACCGCCGAUAGCGUGCCGUUCGUCGGCAUGGUCGACCCGCGUCUGACUGGCCGCAAGGUGAAAUCGGCGGUGCAGUCGGAGCGGCAGCAACCGCAGCCUGGAGAGUGGAUAGCCGCCGGCUACCACGGCGACGGCAUGAUCUACGCCUGGCUCUGCGGCUCCGCCGUCGGCCUGAUGCUCGCCGGCUCCGACGAGGACGAGAACGUGCCCGAGAGACCGGGUUUGCCGGGAGGCAGGGUCGACGGGUGGCUGCCGGAAGAGUUGCGGAUCAGCUACGAUCGCGUCAGGAAGUUGACCCUCGCCGACCUAGCCGACGAGUUGGAGUAG